AUGGUUGGUUUUUUGGGGCCCCUGCCCUCCAUCCUCUCUGCUCCCGAGGCAGAGGCCCCGUUGCUAAGCGCAGGCCCCGUUGCUAAGGCCCGCAUCCUCCCCCGGUUGCUAAGGGCCUCGCCCUCUCCCCAAGCCCCGCCCCCGCUCCAGGCCGCCGCCGUUCCAGCGAGGCGGGGCUUCCCCGUCGCCCGGCAACCUCCCUUCCGGCCGCCCCCCUCCGGCGUUGCCAAGGCGCCGCGGCGCAGCUUCCGGGCGCGGCGAGGUGAGCCGCGGGUCGCGACUUCCGGCAGGCAGGCAGGCAGGAGGAGGAGGAGGCGGCGGCCGCGGCCCGGCGGGAAGAUGGCGGCGGCGCUGGCUCCCCCGGCCCCAGCCGCGGCGGCGGCGCCGGUCCCCGACGGAGGCCCGUCCCCGCCGCAGCCGCCGCACGAGAUCAAGAGCCAGUUCCGCACCCGAGAGGGCUCCUACCGGCUGCUGGGGGCCCCCGAGCCCCGCGCCAGGCCCGCCCCGCCCGCCGCCGCCCCCGCCUCGGCCAACGCCGCCCCGCCGCAGCCGCCCCCGCCGCCCUCCGGGGUCCCCGUCGGAGCCCCCGCGCCGCCCGCCCCCUCGCUGCCCCCCGUGCGCCUCUCGCUGGUGCGCCUCAGCCCGGCCUCGGGGGGCGCAGGGGGAGGCGGCGGAGGAGGAGACCCGUGCGGGGAGGGGGACCCGGGGGGCCUGGCCGCCGAGCGCAGCCGCGUCUGCUUCAACCUGGGCCGAGAGCUGUACUUCUACUCGGGCUCCGGGGGCGCGCCGGGGCGGGGACGCAGGUCUAUCGACCUGAAGAAGCCCAUUGACAAGCGGAUCUAUAAGGGGACGCAGCCCACUUGCCACGACUUCAACCAGUUCACAGCUGCUUCCGAAAGCAUCUCGCUGCUGGUUGGCUUUUCGGCUGGGCAAGUGCAGUACUUAGAUCUCAUCAAGAAGGAUACUAGUAAGCUCUUCAACGAGGAGAGGCUGAUUGACAAGACAAAGGUCACCUUUGUGAAGUGGAUCCCCGAGACGGAGAGCCUCUUCCUGGCUUCCCAUGCCAGUGGCCACCUGUACCUGUACAACGUGGAGCACCCCUGCGGCUCCGCCUCGCCCCAGUACACCCUCCUCAAGCAGGGUGAGGGCUUCACGGUCUACGCCUGCAAGAGCAAGAGCGCCCGCAACCCGCUGCUGAAGUGGGCGGUGGGCGAAGGAGCGCUGAACGAGUUUGCCUUCUCGCCCGACGGCCGCUACCUGGCCUGCGUCAGCCAAGACGGCUGCCUCCGCGUCUUCCACUUCGACUCCAUGCUCCUGCAGGGGAUGAUGAAGAGCUAUUUUGGGGGGCUGCUGUGUGUCUGCUGGAGCCCCGACGGGCGGUACAUCGUGACGGGCGGCGAGGACGACCUGGUGACGGUCUGGUCCUUCGCCGAGGGCCGGGUCAUCGCCAGGGGCCACGGCCACAAGUCGUGGGUCAAUGCGGUGGCCUUUGACCCCUUCACCACCAGCACGGAGGACGACGAGAGCGGCGAGUUCAGCGGCAGCGACGAGGACAUCCAGGACUCUGCCAAUUUCUGCAGGGUGCGGACCAGCAGCACACUGUCCCACCUCUCUAAGCACAGCACCAAAAGCACCCCGACGGUGACUUACCGGUUUGGGUCUGCCGGCCAGGACACCCAGUUCUGCCUUUGGGACCUGACGGAGGACGUUCUGUACCCCCACCACCCGCUCUCCCGGGCCAGAACGCUCACCAACACCUUCAGCGCCGGCAUCCCCCCCUCUGGGAGCGGAGGGAGCAACCUGGCUGCCGAGGCUGGCGGGGGGGCCCUGCCGCGCUCGCUGUCCCGCUCCAACAGCCUGCCGCACCCAGCCGUCACCAGCGCCGCCAAGAGCCACGUGGCGGACGGCGCAGUGCCCUUCAGCAUCGGGAAGUUCGCCACGCUCACCCUGCAGGAGCGGAAGGACAAGAACGCCGAAAAGGAGCACAAGCGCUACCACAGCCUGGGUAACAUCAGCAAGAGCAACGACAAGCUCAACGUGGUGCCCCGGAGCAAGCUGGACACGGCCAAGGUCCUGGGCACGGCGCUGUGCCCCCGCAUCAACGAAGUGCCCCUCCUGGAGCCCCUCGUCUGCAAGAAGAUUGCCCACGAGCGGCUGACGGUGCUGCUCUUCCUGGAGGACUGCAUCAUCACCGCCUGCCAGGAGGGCCUCAUCUGCACGUGGGCCAGGCCGGGGAAGGCGACCCUGAACUCCCAGAACGGCGGCUCUCCCAGCGGCACGGUGGUAUAACCGGGCGGCGCCCCCCCUCCUUCGGCUGACCUCCUCCUCACAGGUGUCUGUGACUCUUUGCCCUGCCGAGGCCCCUUGGCCAAGAUGGCGAAGCUCUCCGCCUCUCCUGCAGCUUCUGAGUAUGUACAGGUUAUCCCCUUCCUCCUUCGCCUGUGACACUUAACUGUAUGGAAAAAGAGAGAGACUAACAGAGUUAAUAUAUUGAGACCUAUGUAGCACAGGACCCUUUGCACUCCUUCUCAGCUAUUUAAAGAAAAAAAAAGUAUUAAUAUGAACCAUAUUUAAAGCUAAGAUCUUAGCACAGGCUGCUGCCGGGGCAGAUUUUGCACAAGGGUGAACUGAGCUGCCUCCACCCCACCUUGCUUCCUUGUCCCUCGUCUCCCAGGCGGGGAUUCCUCACUGCCUUCCAGCUGCCCUGCUGCUCUGGACUGGAUAGGACCCGUCUGCGAUCUUCACCCGCCCUAACCCAGCUCCUCGGAGAAAGCGGAAGGAAUCCCUUUUGCACAGGGGGAGAACAACCAAGCCCCGAAGGAAGAACACCUCCCCUCCUCUUCAUCUCUUCGUUUUAAAUUUAUGUGUGUUUUGCACAACGCGUCCCGGUUUCUUGCGGGACCCACGACCCUCCCCUCCGCCAGAAGGGUCUUUUCAGUCUUUAACAGCAGGUCUAUCUCCCCAACUCUCCCUCCUUCUCCUCCUCCCAGUGUAACCAACUGGUCCACAGACACACGUUGCCAGGUGUUUGAGAUCCAGCGAGAUACUGCCCGGGUCCUCUUGCCAACGUCCCGUCUCCCAGCCUUGGGGCCUAGACAGCUGCCCAUCCUCACGACCUCCUCUGUGGUCCUUUCAGAAGCAAAACGGACCUUUUCCUCUGAACUGAGCUGACAGGUGGCUCGGUUUCUCAGCUCUUUCUCUCUUCCACGGAUCUGCCUCUGGAUUCGAUCUCGUCUCUGGGCCAGCGAGAUGCGCUCUGCCCUCAACUGCUCGGGCCUGUUUGUACCACGUGGCUUUCCCCCACCCUAGUUUGAUCGACAUAUGUGCGCCCAGUCUGUCAAUGCACAUUUUAAAUAGCCAGCCCUCCUAAUGUCGAGCGCGGGCUGCCAACCUCAGGCAGGUGCAAGGAAAUCGAUGGGAUGUUUCAGCCGCUCGGAAGCCCAGAGUCUCAAACCCUCGACUUUGAAGGGUUGCAUUUACAGGAAGAGCAGCUGCCAUCUUGUUUUCAAAAGAAUAAAUUUGGGCACUAGUGGAAGAUGUUUAAGAGAACAGGAUACUGCAGCGGAAUUAUCCGUGCAGUAACUGGAAGUUCAUCUGUCCCAGUAGAUAGUUGAUUGGGUUUGGCAGUUUUCCUACUGUGGAUGUGGCUUAGGAGGAGAGGGCAAAUAUUUUAGGUGGAGCCAAUUCUUGUGAUGUCGUCGGCUGCUGCCGGCGGCAGAGAAAGCUGUCUGCUUUCCUUUCUCCCCAAGCCUCUUGGCCAGAGACAAGAAUCAAGGGCUCCAGCAAAGAGCAGCAUGGGCAGAAAUUCAGGCUGGGCAGCCAUUCUGGUGCAUAACCUUGCACAGAGCCUUAAGAGAGCCCUGGGGGUGCCGUGGUAGGUCUUUGUUGGGGCAUGGCCAGAAUCCCAGUAGAGCUUAUCUCUAGACAUUUCAACUGCUUAUCUGUAUUCUGUCCACAGAAAAAAUUAUAGGAAUAUGUGUCUAUUCUGGGCCAGGCUUUGAUCUGCUUGAGGAUUCUGGGUUGCACCUGAUGCUAGGCCCUACGCAGAGUAGACCCAUUGGAAUAAGUGGGCCUAAGUUAGGCUGGGUAAUUUAAGUGGGUCUACUCGAAGUAGGGCUUAGUGCCAGCUACAACCCCUCCUGUCGCGGAAAACAGCUGCUCCAAAACAGAUUCAAAGAAAUACACAUGUUUCAUCCAGUAUGUGGCCAUUUAAAAUAUUCCUAACAUCCUUUGGCGAUUGAGGGCAGUCUUAAGAGACACACGCAGAGAGCCAGUUUUCUGCAAGUGUGUUCUAUUUUAUUUAUUGCUUCAAAAACGUUAAAAGUACAAGUAGGGGCAGCUUUGAGCCUCUCUUUACCACACCUGCAUUUAUGUACACAGUGCCACGCUUGUGCGGUUUAUCUUACACCCUGGAGUACAGGCAGAGCAGCCUUCGCCAACCCGGCGCCCUCCGGGCGUUUGGGACUACAACUCCCACGAGGCCCAGCCUGCGCAGCCGUGGGGAGUUGUAGCCCAAAACACCUGGGAGGGUGCAGUUUGCGGAGGGGGUGCUGGGCAAAAAAUCCCCAUUAACCUGGGCUGAAAACUUCCCACAAACUUCCAAGAGGGUCCCUGGACUUCUCCCUCUCGCUGCUUUUGCUUUAGCACCGACAGGCUUAGAGGGAAGCCCUGGGCUACAUGCACUAGGAGCAGUUUUCUCUGUGGGGAGUAGUAUUCCGUUUGCAGCUCCUCGUCCUGCGCAUCUGAGCUUCCAGCAAGAGCCAGGAUAAAGGAUGCUGGUUUCUGCAGAAGCAUCCCAUGUCCUACCAGUUUGCCUGUUUAUCGUGGUCAUGGGGGGCCAGGAUUUGUGCCUGUAACAGUCUCCAAACUCACCAAUAGAAUUGGUUGAGGCCUGGUGCUGCCCAGUGGAUUCAAAAGCAGCUCUUGUUUUAUAGCGUUUCCAGCGGAGCCAAACCUGGGCAGGAGCAGGGCUUGGCUGAGUUGCUCUAAGGGCAGGGCUGCCUGCCUGCCAUGCCUGGUUUCUAACACAAGAGGGCGUUAGGAACUUCCCUGGGACCCCAGGGGAGCCGGCUGUUAUUUUACAGUGGCCACCUGCACAUGCCCAGAGGCACCCACGCUCUCGUUGGUAAUACCUGCACACAUCCUGGGGUUGGGCCCUUCGCAUUCGAGACGCAUCCAGGAGACUCUGCCCACUUCGAGCCCAACCACCCGCGUUCGCCACGAGUCUUCACCUUGGGGACCGCCCAUCAGCUGCCCGGCAAAGGCUCGAAGGCGGACGGAGGCCAGCCUGGCAAGGGGACCCGUCUUGUACGUCACGCUAUGCUCACUGUGAACCCAUCGUCAGCUCUGCAUCUUUGCAAAACGCGGCCCAGCUGCCAGAGAAACCAACUGGGACGGGUGGGUGGGUGAAAAAACCCCACUCUCAGAGGACUGACCACCACGGGACUGGCUCCCCUCCCCCAGGAAAAAAAAGCCAUACUGGGUGCCGAGCCACUUCACACAAUCUUCACACCCGCUUCAUCCCAGCCUGGUCAGAGGAACGUGGGGAGCACAGGAGGGACUCUGCCUCGCCCCCCCCCCCAGGUCUGCUUGGAUCCUUCGCAGAGACCUUGGCGGACAGUAUUACUUUUGCUCUCCCCCCCCCCCCCGCCUCCCAAAUGCAUGUUGCCCUCGCACUCUUGUCUGCCUCCCUCCCCUCCCGGUCCUGCGGCCUUUGCCUGCCAGCUGGUGUCUGGCAGCCGAGACCCCUCAACCCCCCCAAAGUCCGCAGAAGAACACGCCCGGAAGCUGCGACGAUGACGCCCCCCCUGUGCCUUCGUCACUUUACUACCUGCUCUCUAAACGUUUGUUACUGUUGUGUCUGAAGAGUGUUUAAAUUAUAGAAUCGUGAACUCCUAUUUAUACUAAAGAGACAGUUUUCACACCA